AUGCCUUAAUAUCCUUUUUGGAAAUAUCAAAUUAAUGAUAUUGAAUUCUAUUAAUAAUCCUCUUCGAUAAACAUAAUAAAUAUAGAGGAAACAAAUGAUGAUUAUAAACAUGAAUAACAAUCUAAUGAAUUCCCUUAUCUAAAUUAUACAACAUAAGAAAAAAAAUAUUCAAAGAAAAUUACUACUCAUUAAAUCUACUCUAAUUAACCUAGAGAUGAUGAUUAAUCUGAAAUUAAAGAAGAUUUAUUAAGAAAAAACAGAAAGAAAUAAAUUCUUAAAGUAUACUUUUUUUAAUUAUAAUUAGUUUAACGUUGAUUCAAUAUUGCCAGGAGAAAGUAAGAAUUUACCUAAAUGUUAUGCUAGAUAAUUAAAAAUAUUCAUUAAAAAUGUUUGUGAUUAGACAGAAGACCUUGAAAUAUAAAAAUUGAAAGAUGAUAUAGAUAUUAAGUAGUUCUUAUAAGUCCAAGUAGAAAAAUUAUCAAAAUUUGAAUUAUUCAAAUUUAUAUAAACUCCAGGAGGAAGUAUCUUCUGUAAGGAGUUUUUUGGCAAAUGUUUGUGGAAUUUUGGAGUUGUAAAAGAAUCAAAAACUAAUGUCAAUGUGCUUUUCAGGCACAACCUUGAAGAAUUUUGUUAAGUAAUCAAAAAGAAAAAAGAGUGA